GCUGGUGCCACGCUCUCCGCCUCCUCUCUUGCUUCCGGCAUUCAGGCGCCAAUCACAACCAUUCCCGCUGGCGUCUGCAAUGUUGCUAUUGGAGAAGCUGUAGCUGGAGUGGCGGCUUGUACCGCAGGGCUUGGAGUUGCUGGGCUAGGGCUCGGCCAAGUCCAAGGCCAAUCUAUUUCGAUCGGCGACUCCGCUUGGAGGCAGAAGCCUCACCGGUCAGGCAGUGAACCAAAGCAGGCUCCGAAGCCUCGAGUGGUAAGUUCAUAA